AUGCGAGAUCCGACUCGGCGCCCACGCUCUUCAAUCUCGAGCUCCGAUUCGCGGGACGAGCGCCGGGACGGAAUCACGGGAAACGACCGAACUCCUCGGGGCUCAACCACUGCCUCGGUUAUUUGCUACCCGGAUGAGGAUGACGUGUUUUUCAAUGGGUCAGAUGAAUAUGAGGGCGAAGUCGAUGAAGCAGCUUCUGGCCCACAAUGGGUGACGCCGGUGAUUUGCAAGACUCAUUACACGGCUGUAUCCACACUCUGUGACCUCGUCCAAAAAGCCAUUAACAUGGCCCCAAAGACCGGAAUCUCGACAGAUAAAGUUUUCGAGUACGUCUACUACACCCAAGCCGUUCGUAUGACGGCCAUCAUUGAAACCGACUUUUUGGGUUUCCUCAAGCGCCACAUAAUUACCGGUGAAAUCAGCGCCGACCUAAAGGACGGCGUGCUCACGCAGCGGGUC